AUGCAGUCAUUUCUACCCCUUGGUAUCCAGUCCGACGCAUCACCAUUAAAUUCCCUCCUAACACUGAAACUCUUCGUCGAUCAUUUCUGUUCAUCUCUGUUAUCGUGGAUCCCAUUCCUCAUAUUGAAAAGAUUCGAAAGUGAACGAAAUGGACCUGUUGAGUGUUGCUUUUCCAUUGUCGCUGCUGUUGAUGGAGAUGGUGAUGAUGGAGACGGUGAUGAUGAUGAUGAUGAUGAUGAUGAUGAUGAUGAUGUUGUUGUUGUUGUUGUUGUUGAUGUUGAUGUUGAUGUUGAUGUUGAUAUUGUUAUUGUCCCAUUUUACUCUCCUUGA